GCCUUCAUAUAUCGCCUGUGCUCCUCUCGCAUCGCUUCUCAGCUUCAGACAUCCAUUCUGUCCUCAGCCCGUUGUCGGCCUGUACAAGACUGUCAUCAGAACUACUAUCCAGAUUGAUAUCCUGAUAUACACUCGAUCAGGCACUUGAGCAGACUUUCCUAUAUCAUGCCCCCUCGCCUCCCCCCAACGCCUGCCACCUCGGGCGAGCUGCACAUCAAAGACCACACCAUUGAGUCCAUGGCCGAGCACUCCUUUGCGCUGCCUCCCGCGGCCCUGAGCCCCGUGGUGACCGACGAAGGUAGUAGCAGCCGCAAGGGCUCCGUGGUCUUCCAGCCGCCUGUGUCGCCUGCAUCGCCCGACCUAGUUGCGCUUGGCAGUCGCAGGAUGAGCGCUGCCUCAUCGCAAAAGGGUACCAAGCGAGGCUCCGCUGCAUUGGAUGAGUUCAAUCUCCCGCCGCCGCCAACAAGGACCAGGAAGAUCAUCCAGAUGAAGCCCAAGACCACUUUUUCGACAUCGUCAACACCGUCAACACCAGCGGGCACCUCGAAUAACACGCCAACUCAAUCCUCGCAGAAGAGCGCGGGCAGGUCGGCUUCCAUUGCGAAAACAACUGCACCGGCUGCCGCAAACCCCGUUCUUCCCGCUCCCGCUUCCACCCAACAACAGUCUGGCUCGAAAAAGAAGCAGCCUAGUGCUACGUCAGCAGCAGGACGCAAAAUCGCUCGUAAGACGGCCCACAGCUUGAUUGAGCGGCGGCGUCGAUCGAAAAUGAACGAGGAGUUCUCCACGCUAAAGGAUAUGAUUCCAGCAUGUCGGGGACAGGAGAUGCAUAAACUCGCUAUUCUGCAGGCAAGUAUUGACUACAUGAACUAUCUCGAAGAAUGCAUCACCGAGCUCAAAAGCGCAUCUGGCAAAAACAGCCAAUCCAAAACACCACUCAUGAUGGCCGCGCCGCCUGGGCCCCCAUCGCCAACAUCACCAGAAGUCAUGAUGCCGGACAAAACCGUUGACGAGGAAUCCUUCUCCUCGUCAUCCGCUGCUUCCCCGGCAGCCAGCAGCAUAUCACCCGCCUUUUCACCACACACAAACCCGCAUCAAGCGCCAGCCAUUGAUAACACGUACUACUCGAUCCUGCCUUCGCCAGCCCUCGGCCCAUUACGCUCUCCGCAACAACUUCCUCCAAGUACACACACCUGGCGCCCCUCGCAACCCAUCACCUCUACUACCCCUUCCCCCGCCAUCCUCCCGCAGCAGCACCACCGACACAGCAUCUCCUCCAGCUACGCGAGCAGCACGACCAGCGGCGCCGCGCACGAAGCCGACAGCAUGAUCGACCACGAGGCCAGCGCAGCCCUGUUAAUGCUGAACAUGGACCGACGCGGAACAGGCGCGAGCAUCGAAGAGAGCGCUCAGCGGUCGUCGCUUGCUGUAGAGGCGUCGCGGAAGUUGGGCAUGAGUGUGCGCGAUUUACUAGCGCCGUGAUUACUUUACAAUUUAGUAAAAUGAUAUUUGGCUCUGUGUAGGUAGUAUAUAUAUUGAUAUUGACGGGUUAUGAUGUUUCAUGAUGCAUGAUCGAGUAUGAACUCUUUACUUUUUAUUCUAUUCCAAGUAGAUGUACUAUUGACAUGAAAUUUCAC